GUGCAAGGUAGGAAGGGCUUUCGUUAAGCCGUACUUCGCGCAGGCGCUGCGGGUUGCUGGCUUCAGCAACACGACCGCGCUGGCAGAAUGCUGGGCGCAGUAUUUCGAGGAGGCGACGGACCACGAGUACGGCGAGGUGGUCAGCGGCGCGGGCAGCGAGAUCAACGUGGCGAACCUCAAGCGCUCGAAGUUGCUGAUAUCGGCGACUCGCGAGCUGGCGCCCAACAGCAUGUCGCAAAAGGUCGCGAAGGAGGUUGCGAAGGGCAAGGAGGCGUCCUGGCACCUCGCGGCCCAUCUCGACGCGUGGUCCGAGAGCAAGGGGAAGCAGAUCAGAGCAAUGCUGGCGCACGUCCAGAAGGGCGUGUCCAGCAAGACAGAGCAGAAGGCCUCUCACGAUGAGGCUGAGAGUGGCGACGAGGCCGGCGUGGGCGACGCGGCGGAGUCCGCGGAGGACACCAGCAAGUGCAAGGGCAGCGAGAUGCCGAAGGCCGCGCAGAAGCGCCCGCUCGGCACGAAGGUCAGCACGCUGUCGCACCUGGAGAUCGUGGACGGGUGGAAGCUGGGCUUCGACCAGGUCAUGCAGGGUGAUGGGCGCACAGUGGAGGAGGAUGUCAAAAAUAUACACUGCCCCUCCCCCCAGUCGGCGUGGCGCAUGCUCGACGGGAGCAAGAGCGCCAAAGUGGAGUACGCGUUGGCCAAGAACGACGGCGACGACGACCAGGCCAUCGCAGAGUGGCCCGACGGCAUGCAGUGGAAGAUCGUCGGCGUCAAGGGCAAGGACCUCGAGGCGCACGGCAAGGGAGGCGAUUCGCUGGUUGCUGAAGCUAGGAUGAGAUCGGGCUCCAGGGUUUGGGUUACAGUGGUGACCAAGAAGGAGAAGACCUGGCUUGCGAUGUGGAAGGACAUGCCGAAGGACGAGAACAAAGGCAAGACGUUCUGCCAGGUCAUGCAGCUGACCAAGUAUCCUACCCUGGAGAAGGCGAAGGCGUUCAUGACGAAGUGCUUGAACGCAUACGUGUCCGACUUCAAGGACAAGGCCACCCUCGAGGAGUGGAAGCGCGAGUGGAUCAAGAACGAGGUCUCCGAGGGUGCCCCUGCGAUGAAGCGCCCUGCAGCGGCGACGAAGGCAGCGGGCGACACGGCGCCCGAGCGCGCCGAGGUGGCACCGAGCGACCAGCUGGCCAAGGAGGUGGCGACGAGCACGCCGCUGGCCGAGGUGGCGACGAGCGACCAGCUGGCCGAGGAGGUGGCGACGAGCACACAGCUGGCCGAGGAGGUGGCGACGAGCACAAAGCUGGCCGAGGAGGUGGCGACGAGCACACAGCUGGCCGAGGUGGCGACGAGCACACAGCUGGCCGGCGUGAAGCGGAGCAAAAAACAGAAGCACAGCAACGACGGCGACGACUUCACGCCAGCCAAGGUCCAGAAGAAGGAGACGAGCGGCAAGGCACGCUCGUGGGGUAUGCAUAGCACUGUUAAGAGAGUGGUAGGCUGCCUGCGCAAGUCUUUCUCUGCGCCGAACCCGAGACUGUUCUGGGCCAGCCCAAUCGGCAGGAGUUUGCUGCCGAAGAAGGGCGCGACGCGCUCGAUGGCAUCGCAGCCGGCAGACGCGGCCACAUUGCCAGAGUCAGGCGUGCCAGACUUCCCGAGGGCGGAGGGCGCAGCCGCGGCGGAGACGCUCUUGGAGGCGAGGGAGGCACGCAUCAGCACGCAGCGAGCUGGGCGCGAGCAGCAGAGAUCGCAGGACGCUGGCACGCUGGAGCCAGCGGUGGCGCAGCAUAUGAAGGACGAGGAGGAGAGCAGCGACGAGGAGGACGAACGCCAGGAGGAGCGACCCGAUUGUGACGGCGAAGACGGCGACGACAAGGGCAUGCGCGACAAGGGCAUGCCUCCUGCAGAGCACGACGAACAGGAGGAUCAGCCAUCUCCAACGGAUUCAGCGCCAGAGACUGUGGCAGGCAAUCCGCGUGAGCUGGGUGAACAUCCUGGCGCUGACAACGACGACGACGCGGGCGACGGCGAGAUCCCAGCUGGACAACCUGAGCCCGCAGACGAGGACAUGGAGAAGGCAAUGAGGGAGAGCCAGGCGGAAUUCGACAUCGCGCUGCAGCAGAAGCGCAAGGAGCUCGAAGACAUCGAGGCCGCGAUCGCGCGCAGCAAGGAGACCUACACGCAGAGCCGCGGCCGCUCGCCUUCGCCAAUUGGCUUGUGCAGCGGUGCGUCGUCCAGCAGGAUCGGCGCCCCGGCUGACGUUCAGGCAGCCGUCAACAUCGCCGAGCAGGAGAUCACGCAGAGCCCAGUGACUCCGCAGGUUGCGGUGCAGACUCGCGGGGCGCAGCACGCAAGUGCAACGGACUCCGACGACGCGCCGCUCAUCCGCAAGGCUGGCGAGGAUGUCACGCCGCCGAAGAUCACCAAGAGGGCGGACGCCAUGCAGAAGGCAUUCGAGGACGUGAUCAAGCAGCCGGGCAAGCUGACGGAUGACCAGGAGCUGGAGCUCACAGAGAGGUUGGCGCAGGCCUUUCAAUCGGGCUCCUUCGACGGCAUCCUUGAGGCGAAGGGAUGGAGCCGCCAGAGCGCGGCCAAAUGGCCGACCAAUCCCGAGGAGUUCGGCCCAUCGCUUCUCGGGAACACGAGCAACUCGGCGGAGUUCGACUUCUGGGACACCCUCCGCAAGGAGUCGAACUUCAAGUUCGGCUUGGAUGGCGGGAAGGGCAACCCCGCCGCGGGGCGCUGGCAAAGAGCCUUGGACGAGGAGAAGGACAAGGACGGCAGGACGCUGCGCGAGCGGUGCAACGCCGUCACUGGCCACGCCAAGAAGCAGGCGUUCCGCACGGAGUGGGCCAAGACGAAGCACCUCGAGGCGAAGACGGAGUACUCGCUCAUCGUCUCGGAGACCAGGGAGAUGUGGAAGAAGUCCACCUACCUCCCGAUCGGGCGCAUCGCCCACUUGGAGGGCGGUGGCAAAGCGGGCUGGCUGCAGGCUAGCAAAUACGUAUGGAAGACGAUGUUCAUGGGCCCGCCGUGGAUCGUGUACGACGAGAUGACGGAGAGUCUGAGGUCGCUCUACGUGGAGCAGGGCUUGACAGAGACGUUCUCCGAGUGCUGGCAGAAGCACGCGCGUUGGCUCGAGAACCUGGAGGAGCCUCGCACCGCCCUGGCGCCCAGCGUCACGAAGGCGGUCGCGGAGGGGUCCGCGGCCUCCAGCGGGGCGGGCGCUGGCCAGGGCAAGGAGGCCGCAGGGAGGGCUGCUGGCGCGAAGGCUGCUGCCGGAGGCGGCGGAGACAAGGAGAAGAGCGAUAUCGACAAGAAGAUCGUCGAGACGAAGAAGGUCAUCGCGCUGUACAAUGCCGCCCUGACCAACUCACGCUCGGUGCUGACGAACAUUGAGAAGGAUCCAGAUUGGUCCUGGGCGAAGGAGUCCAACCAGAAGGCGCCGCUCAUUGACGCGAUCGCUCUUCUCGAGGACAAGGUCUACGCCGACUGCAACGUCUCCAAGGUGCUCACGACUAGCCUGCCGAAGCUCCGCGUCGUGACCAACAACGACUUGCGCUUCGCAGGCUUCCUGGAGCAGGCGUGCAAGCUGCAGCAGUACAUGGAGAAGGUGAACGAGGAGACCAGCUGCCUGCUGGGAUUCCACGAGGUGAAGCGCAAGGCGGCCAUCGCCAAGACGGCCUCAGGUUCGGACGUGGCUCCGAAGAAGAAGAAAGCCAGGACGACUGGCGUCGACCUGCUGGCAAUGCAGCGCGGAGACAUCUCCGUGCUAGUCAGCAAGCAAACCAUCGGCCUUGAAAUGUACUCGAAGAUGCCGGAGCUCUGGAGGCGCAGGGUCACGAUGUUCACAGACGCGUCGGGGGAAUCUCGGUGCAUUGCUGCACUGGCAGCGCUCCAUGAGCCAGGGGGCCACUGCACCUGGUUGUGGACGCGCGCCACAGUUCCUCCGCAGAUCUGGGCUUUACUGCUGGACAGAGACGACAACCAGAUAGGUUACCAAGAGCUCCUUGGUUUCGUUCUCGAUUAUCAUAGCUUUGGCAUCGCAGAAGCAAUGGUCAUGGAGUUCAUUGACAACGAUGGCGUACUCCAUGCGCUGAUCAACGGGAGCGGCCGCGCUCCAGAGUUGAAUUUUGGCGUAGGGCUCAUACUCACAUUGUGCGGUUUCAACCACAUCAGUCAUCUGGGUGGUUUGACGGCCGCCGAGCUCAAAGGAGUCACGGACUCGCCGGUACUUCAGGCUGCGUUGGAACGCUUGCUGGCACGUGCGUCACUGGUGCAGCCCACGGCGCAGCUGAGCCACGCAGGAGCGCAGGCCCGGCCAGCGACGUCAUCUGCAGAGAGUUCCGUUGACUCUAUAUCACCGCAGGUAGUGCAGGAACUUGAAAGCCAUGUUCUAGCAGAGCUGAAGGGCAUGGGCAUCACGGACCUGGGCCAGGGAGCGAGACCCAUGGAGUCCAUAUUCAGGGGCUUCCAGCGCGUGCUACUCUACCACCGCGCUCAGAGCAGAGUUUGCGGCCAGAAAUUGUUUAAUUUCAGCGGCAGCGUCUUCGUCAGCGCUUUGCGGCGAUUUCUCACCCUGGCAUUGGUGCCAGGAGCGGCAGCAUUCUCCCUGAAGUCGUUCCGGGCAGGGAGAGCGACUGAAUUGGCAAGUCAGGCCGAGUCCCUAG